AUUGAGGAAGACACUAACCUUGGCUUACUGCAGAGACACCAGUGAAGCAGCCCCUUACACAGCAAUAUUUCAUGACUGACAGUAACAAAGAUUGCUGGAAAAAAAAAAUCAUCCUCAUUUCACCUACAUCCAAUCCUUAUGAGGAAGCCAUCCAUUAAUACAAGCAUUGUGACUUUAAUAUGGCUGAAUGCCAAGCUGGAAUUAUGAUGCAAGAGGCUAGACUUUCUGAAGCCAAUUAUCGACCAUCUCCUUGCUAAUCAUGUCCAUGAAUGAAAAGUUAGAACAGUAAUACAUUAUAUGGUAAUAACGUUAUUUGGCAGGAAGCGUGGGCGAAGGUUGAACAUUCAACUUUAAAUGCACAUAGUGAACUAACGGCUUUCAUUCCUAGUUACCAAAGGCACAUGCUGAAUUUCUGUACUCUGCCAUCAAGCCUCCCCCACGUUGCCUUUUCCUACUCUGAAGUAGCACUCAGGAUAUUUCCAGUGACUUUUGAUGGUCUUAUGUUAAGCUAUGACCAAAGACAAAAACCACAGACGUGCCUUAUUUAUGCAGCCUUCCAGCUCCACCAAGGCCCUAGGAACAUCAGUGUUGGGAAUCAGUGCCAACAACCUGUGGCAGGAAGCCUUCAGGAAGAUGAAGCACUGAUGUUGGAAGUGCAGAGGAGCCCAGCCCAAGGACACCUGGUAAUGACUUCCUCUCAAAAACCCAUUUAGCAUUUAAACGUGGAUGGAAAACAGCAGAAGAGAGUUACUCCGGAGAAGUGCGUUAGUUUCGAGUUAGCAGAAAGUGGGAUGCAGAACGACCCGCACACGCGGAGAGCAGAGGCGCCGCGGGCGCAGCAGCAGCGCCAGCGCGCAGAAUCGUGCCAAGUGCCCGGUAUACUCAUUCCGAAAAGUGUGAGCCACUGGAUUGAAGGCAGAAGAAAUUGGACUUAAAAGAAAGUUAUGGUUCCAGGUUGAGAACAAGGAAAUUUUGGUCUGACUCUGAAGACAACUGUGGACUUCUCAGAUGAAUAAACUUUAAGUCAUUGAAUUUGUCAGUGCAGUUCUUUACCCAUUGGGAAAAAUCAAAGAUACAGUACUUAAUGAAACUUGUUGUCGUCUAUGGAUGUUAAAGGCAGCAAUUAAUAUCUGCAGAAUGAUUUUGAGAUCUUUUCCGACAGAGCAAAAGCAAAGCGUUACUCAGAAAUCAGAGGACAUAGUACUCUAAUAGAGAUUAGAGUACUCUGUCUGCUUUAUUUCACUUGCUGGUAGUUCAUCGUUUUUAUGGUCUGUGCAAAACAGUCCGAUCAGUGAUGACUGCCAGUUGUUCAUUGAUACACUUCCCCAGAAUUAAAGCGCUCAAGAAAAUGGCAGUUUUUCAGAACUGUGUGUUUCCUGAGCCGGUUGUCUCUGGGUGCAAUAGAACACUGGCCUUCUCUGUGUGACUGUUGUUAAAGAUAUUUAAUUUAUUGUAAGAUUGACUGAUGCCAAGACACUUCAGAUGCUCAGCUUUUUUCCAGACAGUUUUUGGAAUUGGCCUGUGACCUAUUCAUCAGUGUUUCAGUCUUAAACAGACUGUUUUUAGUCCAUCUCUUCUAUUCACAGCUCUGUAAAUUAAAAAUUGGAACAUCCUCCUUCAAUGUAGUCUUGGACGUAAGACUGAUAGAGUAGCUGUGCUAUUUUUCUUAAGCUUACUUUACACAAAAUAAUUGUGACAAAAGAACUCUGACUACACUGCCAUUUACACACACGUUUAAAACUAUAUCUUGUUUUUUGAACUCACUGUGAAUACCUUAAGCAUGAAUAUAUUUAACAUAGAGAAGUGGCAAGACUGUACUUUAUCAAUGAGGUUUCUAGCAACAGCACAUAGGUGUUAGGCCAAAUGUUAUAAAUGUUGUCUCCAUGUCUAUUUUUAUUUUACAGGCAACUUUUCAUUGCAUACAUGAACAAACGUCUCUUCACUUAACUGUUCUUCUCCAAGCAUGUCACAUAAAAUGUUAAAGGGUUAUAUAUGCAACUGUGACACACUGCAAAUUCAGUUUUCAUAAAAGUUACCAUUCUCCCAUUAAUUGGGGAAAAAAUGUUGUUAUUAUCUCCAAGCUUGUAAUUGCCAAGUAUAGUUUAUUUGUAAAUGCUUGCUCUUGGUAAUAAAGACCGGGAGACUUUAACAGUUUUAAACAUAGUUAAGUUUUUUUUUCUUCUUUUUUUAAAUCUCCUUCAUAUUAACAUAUGGAAGCUGUAAGUGGCUUUGAAUAAAAGUAAUUUAACGUUAGUCGUGUAACAUAACACUGUAUACAAUUAUGCUUAUUCUGCUGUGCUAGAGAGCAGAGUAGCUGAGCACCCUCCAAUAAAUGAUCCAUUAAGCAAGGAGGUUCUGCAUCAGUUUUAGAUAUUACAUUAAAAGCUGCACUUCUCAUAUUUAUGCUAAAUAAAAAUUCUUGAUUUAAGAACUUGGACCAAAUUCUGGGUCUUUGAUUGUUGUAAUGUGGCAUUUGUCAGAUACUAAAUGAACUUGUGAACUUGAAAGAAACGUUUUCCAGUCUGCAGUAAUCUAAUUUCUGGAUUUCUUUGUACAUGUAUGUGAAAAUAAACUCCCAUUCUGUGAAUGAGAGUCCUGCUAAGGGCUACACAGCUUUGUCUGUGUCCCGUUUGAAAAAAAUAUGCUCAUCUUUCAUUUACCUCUUUAUACCUCAAGAAAAGAACGAUUAUCCCAAAGAAAGAUUUUUUUUUUUAAAAGCGAAACUAUUUUUACCCAUUUUAGUAUUGCAUUAUCUAAGAAAAGUGAAGAAGAAAACAGAAGGUAUUUCCUUAAAUUUUCUUAAUUUUUAGAAUAUUACUAUAUUCCAAGUAAUAUAAGUUGUUUAUCUGUUUUGUGAAGUUAUUAAUAAUCUGCUAGCCAUUAACAACUUUUCACAACUGGACAUUUCAUUGACAUCAGUUCCUUUGCACAGAAUCUACCUUUUUUAAGUUUGAAGUUAAGAAACAAGAAUCAAGAGCAUGAUGUCUACUACUUCAGUGGCAUCACUCAUCGUCCUGAGACUGAUGGCAGCAAAACAGAAUGUUGUUAAAGAGUUUGUCACCUUGCAUUUGUUCUGUGGAGGUGAAAUCUGAGCCAGAGAGCUUCUGAAAAUUUAAUCUAAACGCAUUGUAGUGCUCUGUUCUUUUCUGAUCUUCUUACACAAGCACCUAAAAGCAUUUAAAAUUUGCAGAAUGAAAAGAUGGCACAGGCAGUGCUGGUACCACCUGGACCUGACAGCUUCUUCUAUUUCACCAAAGAGUCUCUUGCAGCUAUUGAAAAACAUAUUGCUGAUGAAAAGUCUAACUGUGACAAAGACGAGCAGAAGGAAGAAGGCGGUCAUGAGGAAGAUCAUCCAAAGCCAAGUAAUGAUUUGGAGGCAGGAAAGACACUGCCAUUUAUUUAUGGUGAUAUUCCUCAAGAAAUGGUGUCUGAGCCUCUGGAGGAUCUGGAUCCAUAUUAUAUCAAUAAAAAAACAUUUAUAGUAUUGAAUAAAGGGAGGACAAUCUUCAGGUUCAGUGCCACAUCUGCCUUGUACCUUUUAUCUCCUUUCAAUGUUCUUAGAAGACUAGCUAUUAAGAUUUUGGUUCAUUCGUUAUUCAGCAUGCUCAUUAUGCUCACUAUUUUGACAAACUGUGUCUUUAUGACAUGGAGUAACCUUCCAGACUGGACAAAGAGCGUAGAGUAUACUUUCACUGGAAUUUAUACUUUUGAAUUUCUGGUAAAAGUCCUUGCAAGAGGCUUCUGUAUAGAUGAUUUCACUUUCCUUCGUGACCCCUGGAACUGGCUUGAUUUUGUUGUCAUUUCCUUUGCAUAUCUGACAGAGUUUGUGGACCUGGGCAAUGUCUCAGCGUUGAGAACAUUCAGAGUUCUCCGAGCUUUGAAAACAAUAUCAGUCAUUCCAGGCUUGAAGACUAUUGUGGGAGCCCUGAUUCAGUCUGUGAAGAAGCUCUCAGAUGUCAUGAUCCUGACUGUGUUUUGCCUGAGUGUAUUUGCACUAAUAGGGCUGCAGCUGUUUAUGGGCAACUUGAAGAAUAAGUGUUUGUUGUGGCCAUCCAAAAAUUCGUCGUCUUUUGAAAAAUACUUAGCUCCAUACUUUAAUGAUACAGUGUUUGAUUGGGCAGCAUACAUUGAGGAUGAAAGUCAUUUUUAUCGUCUAGAAGGACAAAAGGAUUACCUGCUUUGUGGCAAUAGCUCCGAUGCAGGUAAAUGUCCAGAAGAGUUUAUCUGUGUAAAAGCUGGAAGAAACCCCAACUAUGGGUAUACUAGCUUUGACACGUUCAGUUGGGCUUUCUUGUCAUUGUUUCGACUGAUGACACAGGACUACUGGGAAAAUCUUUAUCAGCUGACGUUACGAGCUGUUGGCAAAACAUACAUGCUAUUUUUUGUUCUGGUGAUUUUUCUGGGUUCCUUCUAUCUGAUUAACCUGACCUUAGCUGUGGUUGCCAUGGCCUAUGAAGAACAAAAUCAAGCAACUAUGGUUGAAGCAGAACAGAGGGAGGCAAACUUGCAGCAGAUGCUUGAAGAGCUGAAAAAGCAGCAAGAGGAAGCGCAGGCUAUUGCAGCAGCUGCAGCAGAGAUGAGUAAAUUUAGUGAUGAUGGUGGGACUGGUGGACCUUCAGAUAGUUCUUCAGAAGCAUCCAAGCUUAGCUCAAAAAGUGCCAAAGAAAGGAGAAAUAGAAGGAAGAAAAGAAGACAGAGGGAGCUCUCUGGAGAAGAAGAAAACAGGAAAGAUGAAAAGCUUCCAAAGUCUGAAUCGGAUGGCAGUAUCAGAAGGAAAGGAUUCCGUUUUUCUUUGGAAGGGAACAGACUUACGUAUGGGAAGCAGUUGACGUCACCCCACCAGUCUUUACUGAGUGUUCGUGGCUCCCUGUUUUCUCCCAGACGUAGUAGCAGAACAAGUCUUUUCAGUUUUAGAGAUCGUGGAAGAGAGGUAGGAUCUGAAAACGAUUUUGCUGAUGAUGAGCAUAGCACAUUCGAAGAUACUGGAAGCAGAAGAGGUUCUCUCUUUGUGCCGCGCAGACACAGUGAACGGCGCGGUAGUAACAUUAGCCAGACCAGUAGAACAUCAAGAAAGCUGCCAAUGUUUCCAGUGAAUGGGAAGAUGCAUAGCACUGUGGAUUGCAAUGGGGUGGUUUCCUUAGCAGACGGACCACCAUGUCUCUUGUCACCUACUGGACAACUUCUGCCAGAGGUGGUAAUAGAUAAACCAACAACUGAUGACAAUAGCACUACUACAGAAAUAGAAAUAAAAAAGAGGCGUUCAAGUUCAUAUCAAAUACCAAUGGAUUUGCUGGAUGAUCCAAAUUUAAGGCAAAGAGCCAUGAGUAUAGCCAGCGUAAUCACAAAUACAAUGGAAGAACUUGAAGAAUCUAGGAAAAAAUGUCCACCCUUCUGGUAUAAGUUUGCCAACACUUUCUUGAUUUGGAAUUGUUGGGAGCCUUGGUUAAAAGUAAAGCAUAUAGUUAAUUUCAUUGUAAUGGAUCCAUUUGUUGAGCUGGCUGUUACUGUUUGCAUAAUUUUAAACACGCUGUUUAUGGCCAUGGAACAUUAUCCAAUGACUGAAAACUUCAGUAAUUUGCUUAAAAUAGGAAAUCAGGUUUUUACUGGAAUUUUUGCAGCAGAAAUGAUUCUCAAGAUAAUUGCCAUGGAUCCUUUUUAUUAUUUCCAAGUUGGCUGGAAUAUUUUUGAUAGUUUUAUAGUCACCCUUAGUUUGGUGGAGCUUUUUCUUUCCAAUGUGGAUGGAUUAUCCGUUCUCCGAUCAUUCAGAUUGUUGAGAGUUUUCAAAUUAGCAAAAUCUUGGCCAACUCUAAAUAUGCUGAUAAAAAUUAUCGGUAACUCUGUGGGAGCUCUAGGAAAUUUGACCCUGGUGCUGGCCAUCAUUGUCUUCAUUUUUGCUGUGGUUGGGAUGCAGCUGUUUGGGAAAAGCUACAAGGACUGUGUCUGCAAGAUCUCUAGCGACUGUAAACUGCCACGCUGGCACAUGCAUGACUUUUUCCACUCUUUCUUGAUUGUAUUUCGAGUGCUGUGUGGAGAAUGGAUAGAGACGAUGUGGGACUGCAUGGAGGUUGCAGGCCAACCCAUGUGCCUUACUGUCUUCAUGAUGGUCAUGGUGAUUGGAAACCUAGUGGUAUUGAACCUUUUUCUGGCAUUGCUGCUGAGUUCAUUUAGUUCAGACAGCCUUUCUCCUACAGAGGAUGAUAACGAAAUGAACAAUUUACAGAUUGCUGUUGCAAGAAUUCAGAAGGGAAUAGAUUGUGUGAAGAGAAAAGCAGGUGAAUGUGUCCAAAAAUCUUUUUGGGGGAAACAAACUGUUGUAAAUGAAAGAAAAGCAACUGAUCAGUUGAAUGAUAAGAGAGACCGUUGCAUUUCCAACCGUACCAUCGCUGAAAUAAAGAAAGAUCUGAAUUAUCACAAAAAUGAGAAUGGAACCACCAGUGUUGUAGGUGGCAGUGAUUAUGCAUCAUUCAUAAACAACCCAAGCCUUACUGUUACAGUACCAAUAGCUGUUGGAGAAUCUGAUUUUGAACAUCUAAACACAGAAGAAUUUAGCAGUGAGUCAGAUCUAGAGGAAAGCAAGGAGAAGCUAAAAUUUUCUAGCUCAUCUGAAGGAAGUACAGUUAAUUUAGCUCUCUUUGGAGAAGAAAAAGCAGAGACUGAACCAGAGCAAGCAUUAGAGCCACAGGCAUGUUUUACAGAAGGUUGUGUACAGAAGUUUAAAUGCUGUAAAGUCAGCGUAGAAAGUGCAAAAGGAAAAAUCUGGUGGAACCUUAGAAAAACCUGUUACAGGAUAGUAGAGCACAACUGGUUUGAAACAUUCAUUGUCUUCAUGAUUCUCCUCAGCAGUGGUACUCUGGCUUUUGAAGAUAUAUAUAUUGAACAGCGCAAGACUAUCAAGGUCAUAUUGGAAUAUGCUGACAAAGUCUUCACUUACAUCUUUAUUCUGGAAAUGGUGCUAAAAUGGGUGGCCUAUGGUUUUCAAACUUAUUUCACUAAUGCUUGGUGCUGGCUGGACUUCCUGAUUGUUGAUGUCUCCUUGGUUAGCUUAAUAGCUAAUGCCCUUGGUUUCUCAGAACUUAGUGCAAUUAAAUCCCUCCGAACAUUAAGAGCUUUGAGACCUCUGAGAGCUUUGUCACGCUUUGAAGGCAUGAGGGUCGUUGUAAAUGCUCUUACUGGAGCAAUCCCAUCCAUUAUGAAUGUACUUCUGGUUUGUCUUACGUUCUGGCUGAUUUUCAGCAUCAUGGGAGUAAAUUUGUUUGCUGGCAAGUUCUAUCACUGUGUGAACACUACAACUGGUGAGAUGUUCCCACCAGAGGAAAUUGAUAAUAUGACUGCAUGUAAAAAUCGUACAUACACUGCUGUGGAUGUCCGGUGGAAAAACGUGAAAGUAAACUUUGAUAAUGUUGGAGCUGGUUAUCUUUCUCUACUUCAAGUAGCAACAUUUAAAGGGUGGAUGGAGAUCAUGUACGCUGCUGUUGAUUCUAGAGAAGUGGAGCAACAGCCCAAGUAUGAACACAACAUGUACAUGUACCUUUACUUUGUAGCCUUUAUCAUCUUUGGAUCAUUUUUCACCCUAAACUUAUUCAUUGGUGUCAUCAUAGAUAACUUCAACCAACAAAAAAAGAAGCUUGGAGGUCAAGACAUUUUCAUGACAGAAGAACAAAAGAAAUACUACAAUGCAAUGAAAAAGUUGGGUUCCAAAAAACCACAAAAACCUAUACCUAGACCAGCGAACAAACUGCAAGGCUUGGUGUUUGAUGUUGUAACAAAACAAGCAUUUGACAUCAGCAUCAUGGUUCUCAUCUGUCUUAACAUGGUCACCAUGAUGAUAGAAACAGAUGACCAGAGUGAACUGAUGCAAAAUAUUUUAUACUGGAUUAACUUGAUCUUUGUUGUCCUUUUCACUGGAGAAUGUGUGCUCAAACUGUUCUCACUCCGUUAUUAUUACUUCACCAUUGGCUGGAAUAUUUUUGAUUUUGUAGUUGUUAUUCUCUCAAUAGUAGGCAUGUUUUUAGCUAAGGUGAUUGAAAAGUACUUCGUGUCCCCCACCCUGUUCAGAGUCGUACGACUUGCCAGAAUAGGUCGAAUCCUGCGUCUCAUUAAGGGCGCUAAGGGCAUCCGCACGCUGCUUUUUGCUUUGAUGAUGUCUCUUCCUGCUUUGUUCAACAUUGGUCUGCUGCUGUUCCUGGUCAUGUUUAUCUAUGCGAUAUUUGGAAUGUCCAACUUUGCCUAUGUCAAGAGGGAAGCCGGUAUCGAUGACAUGUUCAAUUUUGAAACGUUUGGCAACAGCAUGAUCUGUCUCUUCCAAAUUACCACGUCUGCUGGCUGGGAUGGUUUGUUAGCCCCAAUUCUCAACAGCGGGGAACCAGACUGUGACCCGCAUAAAGCUCAUCCGGGCAGCUCUGUUAAAGGUGACUGUGGCAACCCUUCCGUUGGGAUUUUCUUCUUUGUCAGCUACAUUAUCAUAUCGUUUCUGGUAGUGGUGAACAUGUACAUUGCUGUGAUUCUGGAGAACUUCAGUGUUGCUACUGAGGAAAGUGCUGAGCCCCUGAGCGAGGAUGACUUUGAGAUGUUCUAUGAGGUUUGGGAAAAAUAUGAUCCAGAUGCCACACAAUUCAUAGAAUAUAGCAAACUAUCAGAUUUUGCAGCUUCUCUGGAUCCUCCUCUUCAUCUACCCAAACCGAACAAAGUCCAGCUUAUCGCAAUGGAUCUGCCCAUGGUAAGUGGUGACAGAAUUCACUGCCUGGACAUCUUGUUUGCUUUCACCAAGCGUGUUUUGGGGGAAAGUGAUGAGAUGGAUGCCCUCAGAAUACAGAUGGAAGACCGGUUUAUGGCAGCCAAUCCUUCUAAAGUCUCCUAUGAACCGAUUACCACCACAUUAAAACGAAAACAGGAAGAAGUAUCUGCUGUCGUUAUUCAACGUGCUUAUAGAUGUUACCUUUUCAGACAAUCAGUAAAAAAAAUUUCCUUUGUGUAUGGCAAAGAUCGGGCUGAUCUGCCCAUCAAAAAAGAUACGAUUAUUGAUAAGCUAAGUUUAAACUCAGCUCCAGAUAAAACAGAUAUGACCGCAUCCACCACAUCUCCACCUUCCUAUGACAGUGUAACAAAGCCAGAAAAAGAAAAAUAUGAAGAUGACAAAUCAGAAAAAGAAGACAAGGGAAAAGACAGAAAAGGAAAUAAAAAAUAAAAGAAGACAAAAACAGCUUGCCUGUGAUGAAUGUUUAGAAGCCUGAGAAGAUGACAUCCUUAUCAAUUCCACUCUUACUGGAGGACUGUGCCGAAAUGACAACUUUUUACAUAUUUACCCAUUGUUGUAGUCAAUGCCUAUAUCAAGACAUUGACCCUCAUUAGCAAACUCUCACUCUAUAACAGAGAAACAAUUGCCAGAAGACUAGCUUUUGUUAUGGCUGUAAGUAAUGAUGAAGACACACAAAAUUUCUACUCGGACUGCUGGGACCCUUUACUGGGUACAAAAUUACCAGACAUAUUAAGUCUGUAUUUUUGUGAAAUAAGUGUAUUCACUGUGUGCAUUUCAUCUGCUAGAUAUGUUGUAUAUUUGUAAUUUCUUUUGAUGAUCUCAUUAGCUUUAAUUCCCCUGUUAUUAUUUAUGAUUUUACUAUGCUAAGGGAAAAAAUACCCUUUCAGGGGUAUACAAAUGUCAAGGAUAUAUAUUUGUGGCAUCAUAAUGUGAAUAUAGUCUUCUGCUUGCCAGUUCUAAAAACAGAAAACCAAGAUCCCAGAUUCUUUUACCUCAGGACAGAGUAUCGAGAAACAAGUUAUCAGAAAACACAACAAGGAGAGUCUACAUUCAUAGGAGAAUGGUUUUCACAGAAAGGAGGUUGGUAAUUUAAUUUCUUGGUUUUAAUGUACUUAUUAUUUUUAGGUAAAUAGUAACUUACUACACGGCGGUACGUCCUCCUAUUCAGAGAGAGGGAUUUAAAUAAGUCAUGCUACAUACAUAGCUCCUGUUUUAAAAAACAUAAAGUUAAGAAACAAUAGUUACCUUCAGGGUCCAAGGUAUCCCUUAACUCCUGAGGGAUUUAAACAGAUUUUAUGACAGAAUAGCUACAAACAUCAAGCAGGGCUUACAGAGAAUUACUGAAAAUAAACAGAAUGGUGGGCUAUUUUUUGCUUUGUUUGCUUAAUUUCAUCAGUGGCUUUCAUACUUAGUUCUGUAGUCGGUCUGUGCUUCUUGUUUCACAUGAGUAAAUCCCAUGUAAGACGGUAACCAAAGCUAAAUGUAUAAACUGAUAGCAAAGUACCCGUGGGACAAAUAUUGCCUUAAUGUAUACCUCAGGCUGAAAUUUUAAUACUUUGGAGGGAUAGGUCAUAGAAGAGACAGAAAGUGUGUGCAUCAAAGACCAUUUGGACCCCUGUGGCACUUCAGUCAUGUUUUCACUGGAACCUUCCCUAGAAUGCUGAGGUGACCAAAAGGAUGUAUUUAAAUCAGCUUUAUCCUGCGCUAUAAUUUAGAUAACCUGUGUUCUCAACCAUGCUGACACUAUAUAUGUAAGUAAAAGGCCCUCUGUUAUUUAAUCGAUUGUUUUACACAGUAGUACCUGUUUGAACAAAAAGACAAUGACCUAAGUACUGUAUUUAUUGCGUCAAAUAUGUAUCUUAGAAAAUGUAGCUUAUAACAUUUCAAUAGAUAAUAUGAUAUAUUCUGUAAUACUCCAAAUAAUUGGGAAGCUUUAACUGAUGCAUGCUUGCUGCUAUUAUCCUACAGCUAUUGAAGUCUAAGAUGGGAAGACAUAUGAGUGGUAGAAUGAAACAAACUGUUCAACCAGACCAUCUUUCCUCAUGUCAGUAAGCAAUAGUUUACUGCUAUUUUAGAUUUUAUUUUGUUUCAGUUUUUUAAUCAGUAACAUGCAGUGAAUAACGAGACUACACAGGACAAAUCUAUUGCUUAACUUGCUUAAAAAGUGGGGCUAGAAAAAAACUUUUAUAAUAUAUAUCUCUAUCUGUUGAUCUAGCUAUAUUAUUUUGAAAAUAAUUUUAUUUUAUAACAUUUUAUAAUAAGAAACUACAAAUAUCUUCACAUUAUUAGUAAUUUUUAUUACUUUCUAUCCAUGACGCUUUACUGCUGGGAAACCUAAGAUACGAUGUGAAUCAGUAGUUCUAAGUUUCUGCUAAUUAUGUUAAACAUAUUUGAAUAAGGAGUAAUUUUAAAAGAAAUUGACAUUUCUUUUUCCUCACAGUAGGUUGUUCCUUUUAUGUAAAGCAAGAUGGAAGGGUUUCUUUCGAAUUCAUAGUCCACUCUCUGUCAAUUUUCAGGUUAAUCUUAGUCAUAGAAGCUUUGCUUUUUUCCAGUCUCCUUUUCUUGUUGAUUCAUGCUGCAAUAGAAGUGCUUUAAAUAUAAUUUGUUAUACAAAAUCUUUUUUCGUGAGAAUGAAUAGUGAACUUGUAUAAUGGACAGUGGAAUACUUUGUUUCCUACAGAAGAAAUAAAAUAUAGAUAGGCUCCUUCUUUUACAGAAACUAUUGCUUUGUAGUGUACUGGUGAACUGCAUGCAGAAGUUAUUUUACCAAAAAUAACCACAUUGCUAACAACCCAAAAGAAUAAAGAUAACCUUUUUAUGUA